AUGGUUGACACGAACACCAUGAACGGCACACGGCCGAAUGCUAUCUUCUGCCUCCCCGUAGAGACCAUCGUCAAGAUAUGCGCCUCUAUGGAAACCGUCGAGGACAUUAAGGCCUUCGCCCUCACUAGCCGACGAGCGAACGAUAUUGUCAAACAGAAUGAUUCCAUUAUCGCCAAGGAUUUCAUCCUUGAAAAGUUCGGUACUUCCAUUACUUCCAACUACAAGCUCGUCGUGAUGGCUGCGGCCUCCCGGGACGUCAAUCCUCUCAACCGUGCCGAGGUAAGGCAAUUCUUUGAGUUCUACCUCAAGGACAAAAACCGAAUUUGGACCACAUCACACUUCAGCCUAGCCAUCGCCGGUCGUAUCGCUAAGAUUAUGGAAGCUGUACGCGGGGUCAUCGCCCUUCGGCCCAAUGUCAAUCCCCGUGUUUACCAGUAUUUUCCUCUGCCACAGCACCUAAAGUCGAAGACUGAACUCUCCCGUGAGGUCCAGACUUGCCUUAUGAUGGAGAUUGCGACCAAUCUAUUCCACCUAAUGCCAGACGGAACCAUCCUGUUCAAUGUCCCAUACUUGGAUUUAUUCCACUCGUUCUGGGGUUCGUUCUCCUUCCUCGAGGUCAAGCAGACCGAGGCGAUGUGCAACCGGUUUCGCGCUUGCCUUUUCAAUUCCUUUCAAUCCUGGACCAGAAGCCGUCUCCCAGACAGCGCCCUAUUCGGCAUCCGACACAUUCGAGGGAUCGAGUUUACCUACCGGGGCAUGACCGAUAAUGACCCCCAAACCCCCGGACUUCCUUGCAUCGUAAUGUACCCCUUCCUGACCGGUAUCACCAACCUAUGGGCCACGGUACAAGAGAGCCAGGCCGCCGAGCGUCUCGGCCCACACACCCCCUCGCAAGACCCUCAUCCCGCGCCCGGUCCCAUGGCCGCCCGAUUCAGCAGAUACCUAGCCAUGUAUUGGUACACCGAAGACUUCCAAGAUCGCAACAGCUUAAUGGUCCUAGCCAGCAAUCUCUUCUACGAGCACCGCGUCCAAUACGCCGAAAAACGUUACCAGCCAGACUUGACCGCCAUACCGCGCUACAUCUGGAACACCUUCCUAAACCACAGAUACGACAAGAUGUUCCGCUGCGCCAGGCGCGACGACUACGUGCGCCCUAGCCCAAUGUGGGACAUAGAUCUAUUCCUGCGUUAUAGAAGAAUGCUAGAAAUCAUGUGUCCUGCUGUCGGCCCAUGGUCAAACCCUUACAAUCACUUCAUUGCCUUCGCGGUGGUCCUCCUAGGCAGUUAUCGCAAGCUCCAGAGUCUUAGUCAUGAUGAGCGCACCAGACUCAUGUGUAUCAUCAAGGCUUUGUCGUGGCAACAGUAUUAG